ACGCAGCCUCUUGUCGCCAUAAACAGAGAGAGAGGAAAAGCAGUAGCUGGACCACCUCAGAUUCAUCACACAAAUUAAAUUCACACCAUUAUUCUCCCCCAUUUCUCCCUUCUCCCGAAAACUCAGCUCAAAUCUCUCUCUCUCUCUCUCUCUCUCUCUCUCUCUCUCUCGCCGAGGCAUCGACAACACCAGCAUGAUGUGGGACGAGUGGGACGACACCAUUUUCUCCGACGCCGACCAACAACAACAACAACAAUCCGACCAGGAUUCUCACCUCAAUUUCGAUUUCUUCUCCGACCUCUCCAAACCCAAGGACUACUACAAGAUAUUGGAAGUGGAUUAUGAUGCCAAUGAUGACGCCAUUCGCUCUAACUACAUCCGCCUCGCAUUGAAAUGGCAUCCGGAUAAGCACAAGGACCAGGACAGUGCCACCUCCAGGUUCCAAGAGAUAAACGAAGCUUACCAAGUUUUGAGUGAUCCAGCGAAGAGAAUAGAAUAUGACAAAAAAGGGAUGCUUUACGUCUACGACUAUAAUAUAAGUGAGUACCUAAACCGCUACAAAGGUCUUAUAUUGACGUGCAAUGGCCUCGGGAUAAGGACUUCAAUUUGGUAAUACAAAACAACCUGCACAGGAACCCUUUUCGUUAUAGCCGGGAAAAGCUUUACAACGUGCAUGGCGCAUAUUUGCCCGACACUGCAAGCGGCAUAUUUGGGGAAAACAAGGACCUGUGGCUUUGGUUGUAUUUUGAGGUUACUACUAUCAUGUGCUCGUGUAUAAAAUAGAGAAACAACAUGUUACCUCAUUCUUGUAGGGUUGUGUUUGUAUAAUCUUCUUGUUGCCCUCAAUGCUUAUCCACUAAUUAUGGAAUUGUUCGGUGGUCGAACCCGAGACGAACCUUUUUUUGUUUGUUUUGGGUACUGAAAAACGUACGUUGGUGACAUUUGAGAGCACAUGGAACUUAUGGUCUUGCUUUUUAAUCUGUUGUUCCCAUUUCAUUGGAAA